AUGUUCAGCUCCGGAUCCAGAGCCGCCGAGAAGUGGAGGGCGGCGGAGAGACUUCAAUGCCCAGCGGGCCGUGCGCGGGAGGCGCUUGCGCGAUACGCGGACGGGGGGGCGGUCGGGCCAUUUAAAUGUGUGUUUGUGGGUGAAAUGGCUGCGCAGGUCGGAGCGGUGCGCGUAGUACGGGCGGUGGCGGCGCAGGAGGAGCCGGACAAAGAGGGGAAGGAGAAGCCCCACGCUGGGGUCUCGCCGCGGGGAGUGAAGCGACAGCGCCGAGUGAGCAGUGGGGGGUCUCAAGAGAAGCGGGGGCGGCCGAGCCAGGACCCCCCUCUCGCUCCCCCUCACCGGCGACGUCGCAGCCGCCAACAUCCCGGGCCGCUGCCGCCGACGACUGCAGCCCCAACCAUCCCGGGCCCCGUUAAACCUCUGCUCCUGCCACCUCCGCCGCCACCUUCGCUGGCUCCCGCCGGGCCCGCUGUCGCUGCCCCGCUCCCAGCCCCAGGCACCUCGGCCCUCUUCACCUUCUCUCCCCUGACGGUGAGCGCGGCCGGGCCCAAGCAUAAGGGCCACAAGGAGCGGCACAAACACCAUCACCACCGCGGCUCCGACGGUGACCCCAGCGCCUGCGUUCCGGGCGAUCUCAAGCACAAGGACAAGCAGGAAAACGGCGACAGGACUGGAGGGGUGCCUCUGAUCAAGGCCCCCAAGAGAGAAACACCAGAUGAAAAUGGUAAAACCCAGAGAGCCGAUGAUUUUGUCUUGAAGAAAAUAAAGAAGAAAAAGAAAAAGAAACACCGAGAAGAUAUGCGAGGAAGACGCCUUAAAAUGUACAAUAAGGAAGUACAAACUGUCUGUGCUGGCCUGACGCGCAUCAGCAAGGAAACCCUCGCCCAAGGGCAAGUGAAUAGCACUUCGGGAGUCAGUAAGGAGUCCUUCAGGUAUCUGAAAGAUGAACAGCUGUGCCGGUUAAAUCUGGGCAUGCAAGAAUAUCGGGUACCCCAGGGAGUGCAAACACCUUUUAUGACUCACCAGGAGCAUUCUAUUCGCAGAAAUUUCUUAAAAACAGGUACUAAGUUUAGCAACUUUAUUCACGAGGAACACCAGUCCAAUGGUGGUGCGCUCGUCCUUCAUGCUUACAUGGAUGAACUCUCAUUUUUGUCUCCAAUGGAGAUGGAGAGAUUUUCUGAGGAGUUCCUUGCUUUGACAUUCAGUGAAAAUGAGAAAAAUGCUGCUUACUAUGCUUUAGCAAUAGUGCAUGGAGCGGCUGCUUAUCUCCCGGACUUCUUGGACUAUUUUGCUUUUAAUUUCCCCAACACUCCAGUGAAAAUGGAAAUUCUGGGCAAGAAAGAUAUCGAAACAACCACCAUUUCAAAUUUUCACACUCAGGUCAGCAGGACGUACUGCUGCGGCACCUACCGGGCAGGCCCCAUGCGGCAGAUAAGUCUCGUUGGCGCGGUCGAUGAAGAAGUUGGUGAUUACUUCCCAGAGUUCCUCGAUAUGUUAGAAGAAUCGCCAUUUCUGAAAAUGACGUUGCCCUGGGGCACCCUCUCCAGCCUGCGCCUCCAGUGUAGGUCCCAGAGCGACGACGGGCCGAUCAUGUGGGUGAGGCCGGGAGAGCAGAUGAUCCCCACGGCAGACAUGCCAAAGUCCCCCUUCAAGAGACGACGAUCAAUGAAUGAAAUUAAAAAUCUCCAGUACCUACCUCGGACCAGUGAACCCCGUGAAGUCCUCUUUGAAGACAGGACGAGAGCUCACGCUGAUCAUGUGGGUCAGGGGUUCGACUGGCAGAGCACGGCCGCUGUCGGGGUUCUGAAAGCUGUGCAGUUUGGCGAAUGGAGUGACCAUCCUCGCAUAACCAAAGAUGUGAUUUGCUUUCAUGCCGAGGACUUUACCGAUGUUGUCCAGAGACUGCAGUUGGACCUCCACGAACCUCCGGUUUCCCAGUGUGUGCAGUGGGUGGAUGAAGCGAAACUGAACCAAAUGCGGCGGGAAGGCAUUCGUUACGCCAGAAUCCAGCUCUGUGACAAUGACAUCUACUUCAUCCCCAGGAACGUCAUCCACCAGUUCAAGACGGUGUCAGCCGUGUGCAGCCUGGCCUGGCACAUAAGGCUCAAACAGUACCACCCAGCUGUGGAAGCCACGCAGAGCACAGAGAGCAGUUCUGAGGCGGACCGCGACCUAGCUGGAAAGCGAGAAUUGGAGGUCGACCCCCAGUGCGUGAGGAUAAAAACUGAACCCGAGGAAACCUGCACCGAAAUGCAGCUUCUGGCGGCCGCGUCGUCGUCCUUCCCACCCCCCUCGGAGCUUCGUCUGCGGCAAGAGCCGCUGGCUCAGCCGGCCCCAGCCCUGAAGGCGGAGAGCAGACUGGACUCUGAGCAGCAACACAAGCCGCAGGAGCACGCGGGCACUCCUGUGUGACAUGUACAUACUCCAACACGUUUUUUAACUUUUUUAAAUUUUGAUGUGAAGUUAUAGUUUUAUAACUGGCUUAAGUUAAGUUUUAUCGGAGAAAUCUUGCCUAUAAUUCUAUAAAGAGAAAUGACAUUCCACAAAUGUCAAGCGUAUCUUUUUUACACAGAUGAUGCAAAGUUAAGAGUUGUAUCUUAUCCCGUUAGUACAGUGUGUAAUAGUGGGUCUGCUGCUACUUUCUGUUUUAAGGUGUGAGGUAAUAAUUCAAUCUCUUCUUCAAAUCAGAAUAACUCUCUGGAAUGACAGGUUGUUUUUUUUUUUGGUAAAUUAUUCACUUCCCUUAAUUUUAUCUUGUCUCUUGCCAUAGUUGCUGUUUUUAUGAUGGAAGAUUAGAUUUAUGGCUGAGUACUCUGUCUUUAUGGCACAGAUUCAAUGUCUACAGUAGAAACAGCACAGGUCGAAGGGAGGAGUUCCUGUGUCUCGUUCAGAGGCAAGUCAGCUGUUUAGUUCCAACCAUAAAGAACAGGUAGUUUCCAAGGAAAAUUUAGUGGCUCUCUGGUUUAACAAAAGAGAACGCACAGCACUUUCUUAUCCAAGCUAUAUUUUUUUGUAUCUGUUAUUUAAAGCCCAGUGCAUAUUUCAAUUAAAAAUAGCUAAAGAUAAAUAGUCCUUGGUCAUUCAUUAUCCUGGUUUGUUAAUCUUUCUAGAAUACAAGGUAACUGGGGGAGCUAUUUUGUGUAAAAGAGAUAAUGUUGGUGUGAUACUCUUAUUUUUCUGCUUCCUGGCUUCCUCACAGUCUGUGUGGAUACUUUUGCUUCCCAAACUGAUCACGAAUAUCCACCUUAGAGAAUGAUAUCAAUCUUUCUGAUGAGGUUGCCGUGUUUUGUGCAUGAAACAGGAAAAAUUCUUUCUGUCACCUGGCACCAAUGUCUUCAUGACAAAGAUCGACUUUUGAGACACUUCAACUCACAGUUUUAACUGGUGAAUACCGGAGUUUAUUUACUGUUACUCUGUGUUGUUAUUUUCCAAUAAAAAUAUGGCACUAGACUUCAUCCUAGAGUUCUGGGUAGCCCAAUGCUUAGUGCCUGAGUAUUUAAUUUUUUUUUUUAACAGGCACAGUUCAUAUAGCUGGUGUAGUCUUUCUGUUGUUUUAGAAUAUUAAAGUGAUACACAUUUUACUUUCUCUUAGUUAAUAUUAUAGGCCUUUUGUUUAUUACAGGAAGAGUCCUCCCCACACCUAAGGCCAGAUUCUUAUAUCUACCUGAUUAUAGUGCAAUUUGGAGAUUUUUUCCUGGAGGGUGAGAUUUGGAAUAUUUACAUUAACAUAGGCAAAAAAAGAUGCUGCUUUGUUAUGUCUGUCACCAUGGAAACGUAGCCGCAUCUUUUGAAAUAUCAAAUAUGAAUUUUCUCUAAAAUAUUCUGAAAUAGGUUAAAUCUUAUAUAAAUAUUACUUUGUGCAAUAUUGUUGUGUAGUUAAAUGCAUAUUAGCAAAGUAUAGAGGUCACUGUGUAAACCGAUAGGAAAGUAACCAUCAGCAAAUACUGCAGUGAUUAGUUAGAAUCUGUAUUAUUCCUUAUAUAUAUAUGUAUAUGUAUGUAUUCUCUGUUAAAAAGGAUAAAGACUAAUAGAGAAACAUUUCAAUGUAAACCAUUUAUGAAUUGGAAGUGAUGUUGGUUUUAGUUAUCUCUGUAAAUAAGGUAAUUAGAAUGGUAUGAAAAGUAAUGUGAUUAUUGCAGGGGUGUUUUUAAAUCUUGGGUAUAAAUUCUGGGGUAAAUUCUAGUUUAUCAAGACUAGUUUUUAAGGGACCUGCCUUUGAGGGUAUUUUUUUUUAUUGUUGGGGGUGGGGGGUUUAAUCAUAAAGUAUGUGGGUUUGGGUUCGUUUUUGUUUUUGAUUUUCUGUCCGGAAGAAUUUCAUAGAGCUUUACUAGGCUGUGCAAAGUAAAAUUCUUCUCAGGCAACAUUUGUUUUUUAAAAUAAUCAUGAAGAACAAGGUUGCUAAAGCAAAAACUUUUUUAUUUUUAUUUUUCUUGUCUUCCAAGAUCCGAUUUCCCCACCUCCCACUUGCCAUCCAGCAGAUGCCAUCUGCCAUCUAAGCUGGUCAUUGCUAACAAGCAAGGGGACUGUCUCCUGACAGCCAGCACUGUGUGUGACCACUCAGGAACCGGCGGAUCUGCAAAGACCUGCAAUCAAAAGCAAAUCCCCACUUUCCUUUAAUAAACAUUCUACCCUCACCUCCAAUAGAAACACAUUAAAAGAGUAUGAAAAUGUUUAAAAUCAUGUACUACUUAAUUCAUUGUAUGUUAGAAAUGCAAUAGGGAGAGAGAAACAUUUAGCUAGUCAUGUAUCUGGAAACUCUGAAUGUCCUACGUGAGUGAGUAUUAGAUUUUAAUAGCAUGCUUUAAAGACUGAGGAAUAUAAAAGCCCAAGUUUUGAGUUUCUUACCGCUUUCAAAGCUGUAUCCUAGUUUAGUGAUACAAGUGAUCUUAACUUUUCUAAAUCAUUAAAUUAUUUGGUUUGGUGGAGUGAGGCAUGGAGCAAACUGGCGUCUUCUGAUUUGUAAAGUAGUGAUGGCAGUGAACUUGUAACUGAGAUUUAAGCUGAUCUUCCUUUUUUGGUAUUUUAUCCGUUGUGCCAACUCUUUGAGAUAACUUGCAGAAUGUCGCUCUAAGUUUUAGUAUUUUGUGGAGCACAUUAUUUUUAAAUGUGCUAUGGAAAGGACCCAGUAUGUGAAUAUUUCUAACUUAGUAACUAGAAUGAUUUAUGGUAUUUACUAAUAAGAAUAAAAGUCUUCCCCCUUCCCCAGAAGUCAUUCUGUAAUUAUACCAAGAUAUGCUCGGGCUAGGAUUAGGAUUCAAAGAUGUAUUCCAAAUUCAUAAAGCAAUAAUAAUAAAAAUCUGUGUAUGAGUGUUCCCCUCCAAAGUUUUAACUCUUUAAAAAUGAAUUUCUAGGCUUAAUUGUAUGUGUAUUCAUUUGCUUAUUCAGCACUUAAACAAUUGGUUUCACUGGCAUUUCAGUAUUUUUACAGACUUUUGAAAGGUGCCCUUUCCCCAUAGACACAGUCAGAAUAUCAGAUGACUAGUAUUACAAACUCUUGUAGGGAAAAGGAGCUUAUUAAAUCAAAUUCUUCACUAAACCUGAGGAAAAGAGGUGUUGCAUUGUCUUUCAUCAGUCUUAAUAGGCAUGAAAUUCAUACUUCAUGCUGGGGCAACUUCUGCUUAUUGCCUUCCCCUCUAUAAAUAUUGUCUAGGACGAAAGCUAAUUAAGGAACAAGACUCCAAAAUUCAGGAAAACCUUUAAUGAAUAUAUUCUUGAUCAUUAAUAUGAGUCCUUAAUAUUUUCAUCGGUAUUUGCCAUUAAAAAUUUGUUUAUACCUGCAGGAUAAUUGAGUUUGUGUCUUUCUAAUAAAUCUGUUUUGUCAUUGCUAGAGGUUUUCUAAAAAGAACUUUUUGACUAGUACAUGCCAGAGGUUCAUAUUUCUGCUAAGUUUUGUUGUUUUAAAAAAAACAGGUUGUAGUUGUAUUUAUUGGUCAUGCAGUAAGUAGAGGAAAUGUACAAGAGGUGUUUUGCUUUAGCAUAUAAGGGACCUGACCCUCAUGCGGAAGAGCUUGUUGCUUUAAAAGCAAGUAUCUCUCCAUAAAUGUUAUGGCCUUCCAUUUUCUUCAUACAUUUUUUAGGAUCCACUUGUGCAUGUAGUUGAGACCACUGUCUCUUAAUAUAGCACUUUUCAAUUCUCUCUGAAGAAAUACUUACGUACUACUUCUUUCACAUGUUGUAAAUUUUCAUGUAAUAGUGUUUUUUAUUUUUGUGACUAAACUCCAUUUUGAUUGGCAGCUAAGACUUUUUUUUCCCUGUGGCUUUAAUUUAUCUAAGAGGUCUUUGCAUAUAGAUGAAAUGUAUAAUUUGCCUGGCGGACUAUUUGCGUUGUGUGGCCUUAGUUUGUUUAUUGACAUUAACAAGUGUUUUAAAAAGGUUUUUAAUGAAUAGUCUUAAAUCUAAAUUUGUGUGAAUAAUCUUUUAGCACAGUGCUUUUUUUGUAGCUGUCUAAGUGUGUUAAAUUGUUAAGCUAUCUCUUUGUAAAAUAGGACAAUGGAAUGCAUAGAGGUUUUUUUUUCCUGUAAAGUAUUUUUUUAAUAAACAAAGUCUGAUUUGUCCUUUA